CCAUGGUUCCGAAAGGGUCCUGAAUUCAGCUCGGUCAGAAGGGGGUUCGAAUCCAAUGCUAUUGGCAGAUAUCUGACCCGUACCGACUGCUUGGUCAGCUGAAGCAGCCAACCAAACAAUUGAAUGUUAAUGUAAAGGGAGCUGUUUGGGAGAAGUUGCUGAAGGAGCUGGACUACAAAAGAGGCCCACCCACUGGCUUGCAACUGAAAGCCAUGCUCACAGGAAGUGCAGGGCUUUUACUUGCCAUUGCCUGUCAGUGCCACUUGGAUGAGGAAGUGAGGAAAGAGCUCAGUUGCAGCAACUCUGGGUAGUAACCCAGUCGGUGCAAUAUCAACUUCAAGCAAGUAGUUGGCUAAACAUUAAAUUGGAGGCCUGCAGAUGUUACGCCGAUUCUUCAACUGAAAACAAAAUGAUGAAAGACCAAGAAGAGGAGGAAUUCAUCACUGUGCGAGUGCAGGAUCCAAGAAUCCAAGACCAGAAUUCCUGGGCUGCUUAUGUAGAUUAUAAAAUAUUUCUUUACACAAAUAGUAAGGCUUUUACAGUAAAGACUUCCUGUGUGCGGAGACGAUAUCGUGAAUUUGUAUGGCUGAGGCGUCAGCUCCAGAAGAAUGCUGGAUUGGUACCCCUCCCAGAGCUACCAGGCAAGAAACCAUUUUUCCAAGUUAAUGACAUUGAAAGCAUAGAGAGAAGACGACAAGGUUUGCAGCAGUUUCUGGAAAAGGUUCUCCACACAACUGUCUUUCUGUCGGACAGCCAGCUCCACCUAUUCCUGCAGACCCAGCUGCCUCCGGCACAGAUUGAGGCUUGUGUCCAGGGCCGCACUCCAUUCUCUGUCAAUAAGGCUAUCCUGGACAAUGCCAUGUGCAGAAAGAGCAUUCUGCUCAGAGAAGACGCAGAGGCUGUGGGCUACGAGUGCGGAAGCUCACCCUCUCACCCUAAUCAGGUGAAUGACGUUGAAACCAGUGAUGAGACCCCUGCAACUCAGGAAGAGCCAGCAACCUCAGAGAGGAUCUGAGGAUCAAGUCAGAGUGAUAUACUCUGCGCUAUUGUGAAACUGCCCAGGACCUCAGCAUGCAAUGAUAUCUCAUCACUCAAAUUAUUUAAGUUAAGAUAUUGACUGGAUUGAACACAGUCUGAGGUGGAAUUGAGACUGUGGACUUUACCACAACAAAGUAUUGGACUGUAACUUGCAAAACCAACUUUGAAUCAGUUAACAUUUAAUGCUUAUUUCAGUAACAGAGGAGCAAAGACAGAAUGGACAAGGUGUUCCUGGAACAUACAAAAAUGUCUUUUGAUGCAGGGUAUUGUGAACUUUCUGUGAUGGGUGUUGCUUGGAAGGACAGUUUGUGAGCUUAAUGUCUUUUAGUCCCAUGAGAAAGAUACUAUUCUUCUUACUGCUAGACCCAACUAUUCCAAUUGUCUUUUUCCAAAGAAGAGUCAUAAUGGACAUGAAACAUUAUCCAAAUCCUCUCUCCAUAGAUAUGGCCAGCCCUGCUGAGUUUCUCCAGCACUUGCUCUUUUAUUUCAAGUCUCCAGCAUCCACAGUAUUUGUUUUUUUUUGUAUUUCAGUGGAAUCCUGGCAAGCCUCCAACUUUCCACCUUCCCAAUCUCUGCUGCCUGUAUCCUAACUCAUACAAAGCCCUUGCCUACAGUGCUCUCUGACCUACACUGGCUCCUAGUCUGACGACACUUUGAUUUUAAAAUUCUCAUCCUGGUUUUCAAAUCCUUCCUUGGCCCAACUCCUUCCAAUCUCUCUAAUCUGCUACAGCCUCACAACUCUGCAAGAUCGCUCUACUGUGGCCUCUUAUCUAACUACCCAUUUUCAUCACUUUGCUGUUGGUGGUCGUGAUUAAGCUGCUUGGGUCCCAAGGUCUGUAAUUCCCUCCCUCAACCUCUACCUCCACCUCUCACUUCUCCUCAAAAACACUCCAUAAAACCUACCUCUUUGAUCACUUGAGCUUAUAUUUCUGUAUGUGACUUGGUUGUCAAAGUUGGCCUGAUAACCCUCCUACGAUACCCCUUGGGAUGUUUUACAAUGUUAAAGGUGUUAUAUAGAAAUGCAUAUUGUUGUUACAUAUACCUGCUACAUUGUGCAUAUCUGCAGAGAAAACAUAAGUCCCUGUUGAAUGGAUGAGUCACCUUUAUGUGUUGGGAGUAGAGCAAUGGUUAGUCAAUAGAAUCAACCUCUUGGGCCAUCAGCUUCACGAAGAUUGACGGAACCUCAAUUUGUGGGAAAUAAUGGUGGGGAGGUAGAGUUUCAAACCAAAUAUUGUACCCUUGUUCUUAUUGAUGUCAUUAAAUCUCCAUGGCUGAAGGUUGAUCGAGACAUUAAUGACACCAGGAGAUUCUCCUGCUUGUAAAUCAUGUUGAGGCUGUUUGUGGAAGUGGGACUGCUCCUGAUUGCAAGAGCUUGGAGCUAUGGGGGCAACUUGUUGCUGAAAAAUAAAAGGGUAUCAAAGGA